UUCAGUACACCCAGAGGUUGUGCAGCUGCAGCCUUACUUGGUCUGGGUUUACUUGGUGCUGCAGAUCGGAGGUAGAUGAUUGGAGGGCCGGAGGCUGGCAGGGGCGGGGAUGCAGUUCUCGGUGUCGGACACUGGGUGCUGCUUGGGAGGGAAGUGCAGCUGUGGUGCAGAAGAGCCGAGAGAGCGAGGUGCGACGUGGAAAAGCAGAAUGGCUCUUAUCUCGUCUAUAAUCCAACACAUAAAACCCACAGUGUCCAUGAGAGCAGACUGUCAGAUUUCAGCAGGAUACAACACUAACAUGUAGCACAUCGGCAAACCGAGUCACCACUUGUGUUACAAACAGAAGUCGUCGUCAUGGACGGAGGGCUGGCUGUUACUUUUAUAUCGGUUGCGAUGUUUGUUGGUUGUUUUUUACUCGGAUUCAUCCCACUGUUGUUCAGACUGUCUGAGAAAAGCCUGCAGUUUGUCUCCAUCCUGGGGGCAGGACUCCUGUGUGGGACCGCGCUGGCUAUCACCAUCCCAGAGGGAGUGGGCUUACUGGAGGAGUCAUGGAGAGCAUCCUCCAACUCCGAUGUGCCGCCUGGUCUGAAUGGCAGUGAGAAAAAUGCAACCUCCACAGAGAGAGGCCUUCCAUCCCGCUUCUUCAUCGGAGUGGCUUUAACCUUCGGCUUCACAUUCAUGUUUGUGGUGGAUCAGAUCGGAAGUUACAUCUCCAUGCGUGACCAAACGACUCGUUUGCCGAACAGUGCGGGCAUCACAGCCACUUUGGGACUGGUUAUACACGCUGCAGCUGAUGGCUUUGCUCUGGGUGCUGCUGUGGCCACGGGUCAAGUGACAGUGCAAGUCAUAGUAUUUUUUGCUGUGAUUCUACACAAGGCGCCUGCAGCUUUCGGUUUGGUCUCCUUUCUGAUGCAUGCAGGCCUUGAAAAGAAGUACAUUCAGGGACAUUUGCUGGCCUUUUCAGCCGCAUCACCUGUUGUUGCCAUCACCACUUACUUCAUAUUACAUGCAUCCGGCAGCUCAUCUCAGAACCAGCUCAGUGCAACAGGUGUGGGGAUGCUCUUCUCAGCUGGGACUUUCCUCUACGUGGCCACAGUGCACGUUCUCCCAGAGAUCAGCAGCAGCAGCAGCAGCAGCAGCAGCAGCAGCAGACCAGGCCAGCCAUCCUCUGACCUCCAGCAGCACACUGGAGCUGAGACCCACCAGCAGCGACACCUGGGGCUCCUGGAGAGCCUCACUCUCAUCCUCGGGGUCGGGCUCCCGAUGGUGCUGGCUCUCGGCCUGCAUGACGACUGAGAGAGGAACGUCAGGGAAGUUAAAUAACUGUGCAAAGAUCACGGUGCCACCACACCUGAAAGGACAACUGUGAGCACCUGUAUAAUACACUCUACAGUGUAAACUACUUGUAUGGCACAAUGUUUGGAGAGGACAAAAAAAAGCCUUGGAAGAGCAGUUAGCGUGGUGUGUUUUCAGUGAAACUUCCUUUGAAUCUAACUAUCGUUAGUGUAUUAAAAGAGCUUGGCAGGAGGUAAGAAUCUGAUAGCUAAUUUAUUGUCCUCAGCGGAGUUUGGCAUGGACAGCGGUGAAAUCCCUGUAACUGGAUAGAUUUACAGGAACAGGUUAUUCAAACAAUAAGAGAUCUAGGUCAUGCAUUUUUUUUGUAUAGUCAGGAGCUUGAAAACGGGUCCAGACUUUCAGCUUAUUAAUGUGCAAUAGAACAAAUUACCUAGAGAGAGGAUGUGAAAUAUUUGUGUAUGACUGGUUUUAUAGGUUCGCAGGUGAGACUUUUUACCAGUACAACUGACGAAGCCUCUCGGGUGUGUGGUGGAAGAUCUGUAAGAAUCCAGCAGCUCUUUACAUCUGUUAGAUGUUAUGUGAGUCAGACAGAAACAAGUACUGUACAUAACUGGGAUGAUCAAGCGGGUUCCUCCAAUCACAAAUGUCUCACUGAAUUUUUGUCAUUUCAAAAAUUAGGGUAAUCUACAUUUUGAUGAUUCCUGUCUGUUCGUUCUUUAGUGAUUGCGAAUGUUUAUAUGAAAUAAAAACAUGUCUGCUCAUGUUCU